GCCGAAAUCUGGUUCAACUGUCCUGAAUAACAUUGAGCAGGUACUUCCUUUUAUUAUACUGAUUUUAUACUAAUUUCUAGACGCCGCGACAGGUUUCAUCAACGGGUCAGCUUAUGACGCGUUCCGCCCAUCUUACAUUCCAGAGGCGGUGGACGAUCUGCUUGACAAAGUCAGCAUAGCCAAUCAAGAUGGAGCCAAGAUAAUUGACCUUGCCGCUGGGACCGGAAAAUUUACUGAGCUUUUGUCGUUGAGGCCUGAACGGUAUGAAAUCAAGGCGGUCGAGCCGUUGGAGGCUAUGAGGGCGCCGCUGGCCGCAUAAAGGCUUCCACGUGUGCAGGCCAGCGAGGGAAACGCUGCUAAGAUGGAUGUUCUUUCCGGCUGGGCUUAUGCAGUUAUAAUUGCGCAAGUACGUAUAUUAGAAAGUUUAGUUGAAACACGAAUGUGGCUAAUAUAACCGCAGGCUUUCCACCGGUUUGUAUUGAUAGUGCUGGUACGUAGUGUACGGCCGGGCUAACUGUAUCUCAUAGGUUCACGAAUGAAGAAGCGUUGACUGAAAUACAUCGCGUGUUGAAACCUGAAGGGAAAAUUGGCAUGAUUUGGAACAUUGAGGAUUACAAUCAGCCACCAGACUGGACAACAAAGUACACGUGGGAAGAAAACGUCAACCAGCAGCUAAUCCGACUACCAACAACGGGGCCUGGGCGAUUCAAAGACAACCUCUGGUACGAAGUCUUUGAUCAGCCCGGCGCACAAGCCCUGUUUACAACGCCAUUUAGCACUGUUGGUUCAAGGAUUAAUAACACGUGUUAUCAAAAGGUGAGAGGUUGUGGUAAAAGUUCGUUGUUCUCUUCAAGUUCCAUGGUCGGAACUGCUCUAGUUAAAUAUACCGAAUACAUCCUGUAUUCACUUCCUUUUCCUGUGUCUUCCACUUCUUUCUCCUUCCUUGGUCACUUCCAGUGACUUAAUCAUUCCUUCACUUCUCUGGCAAAGUAACGCACGUCCAAUGUCACAAUAGUCACAACAGGCACAAACAGACUACCGUUUAGUUCAAAUUUUACACGUGAGGUCCUUUGGAGUAGGAUAAACACUAUGAGCCAAGUUUCCGUGUUGGAAGGUAGAGAAAGAGACGCAUUCAUCGAAACAUUCAACGAAAACUUGGAUAAUGGUGAGGGUGAGUGGAAUGACCACAACGAGGUUGCCGUUCACGGAUGGGUUUAUUAUACUUGGACAACAAGGCUUUGAACACCUCGCACGAGUUCAAAAACACUCUUUAUCACGUUGGAUUUUGGUUUUUAUAUAACUCAAAUUUUUAUUUAAAUUUACGGA